AUGGAGAAAUCUGUAUUUCCCGGACGUAUCCUAGUACAGGGUCAAAGCCUUCGCCUAACACAAAAUGUCAAAAAUGCCUACAAACUGGACAUUGGAUCAUCAUCGUCUUCGGACGACUCAGAUAGCUCAGGAUCCCUUAGCGAUAGUGAUAGUAACACAUCAGCAUCAUCAUCAAGUUAUAGCUCAAAUUCGAAUAGUGGUAGUGAUUCAAGCUCUUCAAGUGGAUCUUCUGGAUCAAGAAGUUCAUCAUCGUCGUCAUUAUCCGAAUUCCGUGGUAGGAAAAGGAAGCGUACAAGUUGA